GAUUGUAUAAAUUCCCAAGGGCUCAGCCAGUCUCUACAUACAGCUGGAAAGCUGUAUUGCCUUUGGUGCUGAAGCUCAAAAGGCAAUCCUGGUUUCACAAUGGGAUCCAUCGGUGCAGCAAGCACAGAAUUUUGUGUUGAUGUAUUCAGGGAGCUGAAAGUCCAGCAUGUCAACGAGAACAUCUUCUACUCCCCCCUGAGCAUCAUUUCAGCUCUGUCCAUGGUCUACCUAGGUGCAAGAGAAAACACCAGGGCUCAGAUAGAUCAGGUUGUUCACUUUGACAAAAUCACAGGGUUUGGAGACACUGUUGAAUCCCAGUGCGGCUCAUCUCUAAGUGUCCACAAUUCGCUUAAAAACAUGUUCGCCCAAAUCACCCAACCAAAAGACAAUUAUUCACUCAACUUUGCCAGUAAACUUUAUGCUGAAGAGACAUACCCAAUCCUACCGGAAUACUUACAAUGUGUGAAGGAACUGUAUAAAGGAGGCUUGGAAACUAUCAGCUUUCAAACAGCUGCAGAUCAAGCCAGAGAGCUCAUCAAUUCCUGGGUUGAAAGCCAGACUAACGGAAUGAUCAAAAAUAUCCUUCAACCGAGCUCUGUGGAUCCCCAGACUGCAAUGGUCCUUGUCAAUGCCAUUUACUUCAAAGGAGUGUGGGAGAAAGCAUUUAAGGAUGAAGAAACCCAGGCAGUGCCUUUCAAAAUUACUGAGCAAGAAAACAGACCCGUGCAGAUGAUGUAUCAGUUUGGUUCAUUUAAAGUGGCAGUGGUGGCUUCUGAGAAAAUUAAGAUCCUGGAGCUUCCAUAUACAAGUGGGCAGUUGACCAUGUUGGUGCUGUUGCCUGAUGAAAUCUCAGGCCUGGAGCAGCUUGAGAAUGCAAUCACCUUUGAAAAACUUACAGAGUGGACCAGUGCUGAUAUAAUGGAAGAGAAGAAAAUAAAAGUGUUCCUCCCACGCAUGAAAAUUGAGGAAAAAUAUAACCUCACAUCUGUCUUAGUGGCCUUGGGUAUAACUGACCUGUUCAGCUCAUCAGCCAAUCUCUCUGGCAUCUCUUCAGCAGAGAGCCUGAAGAUGUCUGAAGCUGUCCAUGAGGCAUUCGUAGAAGUCUAUGAAGCAGGCAGUGAGGUGGUAGGCUCAUCAGGAGCUGGGUUGGAGGCUGCAAGUGACUCUGAAGAGUUUAGGGCUGACCACCCUUUCCUCUUCUUGAUCAAGCACAACCCAACGAACAGCAUCCUCUUCUUUGGCAGAUGCUUUUCCCCUUAAAGUGAAGAAAGCUGAAUGAAUUCCUCUCCCUCACAGCAAGACCCAAAGCACUGCAGUAUCAAGGACAAAAAGAAAUGCAUACUCUCUCUCAUCCAUAUUUUCUAAAACCAAAAGCUUUUCU